AUGGCUAAAAGGAUAGCCAAGAAUCAUUAUAUCGCCUCCCCAAGGCACAAUCACUCCCCUACCCCCGUCCAUGUUCCUAGAACUGCAGCAUACUCUGAUGGAGAGGAGAGUCAGAGGGCUCCGUCGGAGAGGACCUUAUCAGAAUAUACUUCAGUGCCAUAUACGAUAGUAAACGAACGAAACGGAAGAAAAUAUCACAACCACCAAAAAAGCAACAGUUACCAAAAUGGAAACCACAGCACACCCAUAAGAGCACCGUCGGCGUUGAGCAGAGGAAGCGGCUAUGACACAAAUGGAUCCGAUAUUUACGUAACCAGCGGGGCUUACAAGGCUCCCUCCGAAUAUAGUCGAAAUUCUCGAGUACGGGCCCCGAGCCACAUGUCGUACAGGAGCGGCAUGGCCCCAUCGGUAGCGAGUACGGGGAAAUCCAGAGGUUCCAGAAAAGCAGGUAUGCGCAUGGAAGCCAUGGCUGCCCCUAAUCCUUUCUGUCCCAACAUCAAAGGGAUGUGCUGUCUGAUGUUGCUUCUCAAUUUGGGAAUAAUACUCGUUACUUUAGGAUUCGUCAUAGUUAUACAAUUUUUCGAACCCAUAUAUGUAUGGGUCCUGGGAAUCAUUUUCCUGAUCUUCGGCUUCCUCACGCUCAUCGGAAGCCUUAUAUACUGCGUAGUUAUCUGCAGAGACUUCAAGCGACCUGAUGAAAUAAAUCCCGAUGAACUCUACUGGACCCAUCACUGGCAAAAGACAAUAGGAUCACCGGAGAUUCACUACAAGGCUGAAGACAAAUACGGAGACGAUAGAUACAGUGAUCGAUAUUCCGUCAGUAAACUGUCUGGAAAGUAUUCAGACAGUAGAAGUGAACGGUACUAG